UCCCCAACGUCGCAUGCUCAAACCCACAACGGCCGAAGCGCGAACAAUAUUGCCGUUCUUGUCGUAUUCACUACAAUUCUCAUAUGAAUACUUUCCAUUUCAUUCUUGCAAUUUUCUACUCAGAAACGAAACGGCAUAUGUAUGAAAACAUUGGAUCUUUGAAUUCGGUCCGUACUUUGUUUGCGAGUGGACGCGGUGUCCGUGCGUGUGAGGAAACGGGAUACGAGUUUGAUAAGUGUUUACGAGAAUUAAAAAAAAACCAAUGAAAAUGUGAACAAUUGGGCGGGUAUUUAUCGCUGGCAUUAUCACUUCCUUUACAUGAUAAAAGAGAGAAAGGUCGCGAUCUAAAUACCUGCGUCUUCUAUUAUAUUGUGAUUGAAGACGUUGCACAAUUCAAAACAUCAUGAUCUCUCAAAGUAUUUUCAUUAGGUCGCCGCUGUAAAUCCUGACCACACAGGAGUUAUCAUUGUUGCAAAUUAUGAAUAAGUAAAAAAGACGAAAUGACUAUUCUUCUUUACGAUUACUGUGAGUUGGAGGAGAGGGCAUCAAAACAUCUCAAGACCUGGAAAGCAUGGCAUUUAGUAUUAUACAUAUGCGCUGCGAUAUUUGGCGUAGUCAACUACGUCUUUCUACAACACACGAUGAAACUGAUCGAUAACAACUGUGUAUUAUACCCACGACAACUAGAAUUUCGAGAAAUCGACGUGAUAAUUAAUGGUACUAGUUAUUUAACCAGUCCAAAUAUAACCAACAGUGAUAUAUUUGAUGAUUCGGAAGCGACUGGAAUUGCUAAUGAAACUACUGUUACUGAUUCUAAUGAUGUAGUCAAAGACAACUAUACCGCGCCAAUUAAAAUUAUUAAAAGAGAUGUUACAGGUACGGUAGUACCAAAUGUCCAAUUAUCAAAAGAAAAUAUUAUUAUAUAUUCAGGUAACUCAACUCGUCGAAUAGUACUGGACACUUCUAGGUCUUUGUUCGGAAAAGACAAUGACUGCCAGUAUGCCGAGUAUAUGCCUGUAUUGUCAACUGUUUUCGCAAUUACGUGGAUUGUUAUGUUCACAAUCUGUCCGGGCGGAGGCUAUGCUCGAACUGGUCUCCAGCAGCCGUGGCGUAUAUUAAUGCCAGCCUUGUUAUUUUCGCUAGUAAUGGCAGGUCUCACUGGCUAUAGUUUUACCAUGACGAACAAGGGCCUACACGCGUUCUGUGAAGCAUUUUUCGAUAUCACCAAUUCGACUAACUGUUCAUCUGUGAACGAACAUAUAGAGCGAAGUUGGGAAGCGACGUGGAGUUUUAGCGGCAGAGCGGCGACGACACGUGCAGCCAGCGCUGCCGUGUGGGCCAGCUGGGCCUGCGCCACCGCUUUACUGUUCGCACGCUGCCUAGCCGCUCCCGAUUUUCAAGUCAAGAAAACCAGCGUGUACCUUAAAAGGGAUCCACAAAACAAAAUCACUCCUUAUUUGAGAAGAGCUUCAAGGCAUUCGCGUUCAUCGAAUAGUUCGCCGAACAAGCGCGAUAACGUGUCAGCGAAAUCCGAACCAACUGCCACCACUGAGCUCGUUACGGUUUCAUUAGAACAGGAAUCCGUACCUGCAUCUCUUGUAACAACACCCCAGAGGACGUCAUACAACACAGACUUAAUAGAAAUGACUCACAAUCCCGAAGAACGAAAAGAGAAGUAAAUUAUUUUAAUGUAAAUGGUUGAUUUCAGCUUCAGACGUACAUAAAAUGUAUAGACUGGUUUUUUGUUUAUCUCCUAUUAUUCUACCUACGUAUAUUUAUUUGAUAAAAUAUACGUACAAACAUAACUUAACGCCAUAUCGUGGUCCAGUGGUAGGUAUCAACCUAAAUUAGAUCUAAGUGUCAGAUUUAUAUUCAGUGUCGUGUUUGAUUCAAUUGAAUUUACUUCCUAAGUCUUAAUCAAUUUUAUAAUCAAAGAGCAUCAUCCAACGCAAAGUAUAUUCUCCCAAGCUUCGCACUGCGAACUAUCAGUCGACAGUAUUGCAUAUAAAAAUGUUAUUACGGAUUUAAAAAACUGUGGCAAUCUCAUUGAUAAUUUACUGCUAAGCUUCUUUAUUUGCCAUUUAAAUUGAAAUUUUGCAUAUAUUGUCAUAUCUACAUGAAAAACUAAGGAAGCUUAGAUUUCUUUCGUUUUGUUUUAAAUAAUUCGAUUUUCUUCCAUCAAUUUCGUCACUAGCUUCUAGAAGACGCUCAGUCUUUCUGUGUUGUAAUUGUGUUUGGACGACGCCGCCCACGGAUUAAGCAUGGUGAUAAGAAAGCAUUAUAGUUGCAAAAUUUAUGAAGCACCUAAAGUAGGUGUAUUUGUUAUGGGGAUUUUGUGAUGUUGUAAGGUAACGUUGUUGCCUACCCACGCAAUUUAAAACAAAUCAGAGAUUUAAUAAAAUGUAAAAUUUAAAAACAUGCGGAAAAUAGUGUCUCAUUUCUGAAGCCAAGAACGGUAAAUUGUGACAUGUAAAUUAUUAGUCUUUGAUUGGUUCGUUUUGAAAUAAAAAUAUUAAUUUUGUAAUAAUAUUAAAAAUCUGUGCUCAAAUUCAAAUGGUCAAAUUUGCGUUUCUUGUAUUUUAAUACAAUAAUUGGAGUUUUUUAAAUUGACAAAGAACAUUAAAUGGGCCUAUAAGAGCCAGUAUUACAAUUACUUUAUAAGUUCAGUUUAAUUUACGAUUUUGUAAUUUUCGCAUUUAUUUUUACAAAUUGUUUUUCAUUGUAAGAUUUUCUCUAUUGUGACUAAUAAAUAAAUUUAUACACAUGGAA